AUGGAAGUCUCCGGCGUCGUUCUCCGUCAAAUUCCGUGCGUCUCAGGUUCCGUUGCCGACGGCCGUUACUCCGGUCUCCGAUCGGUGUUUUCCGGCGACACACAGACGGUACGGUUUCGAACGAGGAAAUUUCGCGGGAUUGUGUGCAAUAAUGAGUUUGCGGAUAAAGCACACAUGAAUUACUAUUUAGAGCCGGUAAGAUGCGGCGGCGGAGGAGAGAAAGAGAAGGUUAAGGUUAUGGAGAAAGAGAAGAAGGCGUUGAAGAAGAAAGCAAAGGUUCUCAAAAGUCUUUCUAAGAACUUAAACAUGUUCUCAAGCAUAGGCUUUGGUCUUGAUCCAGAGGCCGGUUUAGUUUCUGAGAUUCAGAACAAGUCAAUUUCGGAAGCAACAGAGAUUUUGGUUAAGCAGCUGGAGCAGUUGAAAGCAGAGGAGAAGCUAUUGAAGAAGCAAAGGAAAGAAGAGAAGGCAAAAGCUAAAGCUAUGAAGAUGAUGACUGACAUGGACUCUGAAUCAUCUUCUUCUUCGUCUGCAUCAAGUGAUAGUGAUUGCGACAAAGGGAAAGUUGUUGACAUGAGCUCUCUCAGAAACAAGGCCAAGCCGAUUCUCGAGCCGUUACAACAGGAAUCUACAGUAGCAACCCUUCAGAAGAAGGUCGAAGAUGAUGCACAAUCUUGCAAGAACACCGUUGAAGCAUUGGAGCUUGCUCUGCUACAAAUGGCCAAUCCUGGACAGACGGUAGACGCAGCGGUUUCGGUGGUUGGAUUGCCAUUGAAGAGAGUAGAAGUGUGUAUGGGAGGGAAGUGUAAGAAAUCAGGAGGAGCUGUGUUGUUGGAUGGGUUUCAAAAGGCAAUGACGGGCAUGGAAGGAUCAGCUGUGGCUUGCAAGUGCAUGGGCAAGUGUCGAGAUGGUCCAAACGUUAGAGUCGUGAACGAGACUGAUGCUGUGAUGACUGAUUCAGUUAGGACACCGUCCAAGACCGUUUGCGUAGGAGUUGGAUUGCAGGAUGUGGAGACUAUUGUCACAAGUUUUUUUGAUCAAGAAAGUAGCAGGCAAGGUCUUGAUUAUGUCACAUAUUGA